UGUCGGAUUGAAGAAUCAUUUCGGGAUCCGACUCUCCGCGCUUUGCCACGCCCCUUAUCUGCCUCAUAUUGGAGUCAGAGAAACGGGACCCGAUUAACUAAAAAGUGAUGAACACACAGCUAGAGCUCUGGAUGUAAUUGUGAUUUUAGAUAGAAACCUUGGCGUUGUAACAGUUGUAUAGUUCUGUGAGAGUUCCAGAGAGUUCUGUGUCAGCUGGCUAGUUACCUAAGUUUGUUAAAUCCGCGACGUAUCUAACUAGCUAGCUUAGCUAACGUCAAACUUUUGAGCCUUUUUUGGCGUGCCAAGCUGUUUGUCUGCGGGCUGUUAUGAAGAAGAAACAAGGAAACGUAUUUUAGAGUUAGUCGUACGUCUUUAAUAUCAAAUACGUGUAGUUUUACUGAGAUGUCAACUGAGUAAAUCCUUUUUUUUAACUAAAAUACAACACUAGUUUUGGCUAGGUUGCUAAUGCUAGCUAGACAACCAGUAGAAUUUUAUUAGCUAGCAAAUCUGACAAAAUCAUUGGUAGGCUCGAGACUGUACUUGUGCAGGAGUGUUAAUAUUACAAAUUUAGCUAGCUGGAGUGAUCAGGCUGCGCGGCGCUGAUCAUGUAGUAUUGUCUCAUUACUGCCAUCGUGUUUAUCAUCAACUAAACGGCUGUCAACAAAAUGUCAUUGGAAGAUUAUGAGCGGCAUUACGCGUCUCUGUCGGACUCGGGCUGCGAGUCAGUGAGCAGCGCCCCGGCACCAGGCCUGUUCAGCGGCGAGGAGGAGAAGUUACACUACAUUCCCAUCAGGGUGCUGGGGAAGGGCGCUUUUGGGGAAGCCACCUUAUACAGACGCACAGAGGAUAAUUCCUUGGUGGUUUGGAAGGAGAUUGAGCUGACCGGUCUCUCAGAUAAAAAGCGCAGAGAUGUCAUGAAUGAAAUCAGCAUCCUGUCCAUUCUCCAGCAUAACAACAUCAUAGCGUAUUACAACCACUUUAUGGACAAGAACACCCUGCUGAUUGAGCUGGAAUACUGCAAUGGUGGAAAUCUGUAUGACAAAAUUAACCAACAGAAAGGACAACUCUUUACACAGGAGGUUGUUAUAUGGUAUCUGUUCCAAAUUGCAUCAGCUGUGGCUCAUAUUCAUAAAGCUGGUGUUCUGCACAGGGACAUAAAAACAUUAAAUAUCUUCCUCACCAAGACAAACUUAAUAAAGCUAGGAGACUAUGGUUUGGCUAAGAAGCUGGAUUCAGAGUAUUCAAUGGCAGAGACAUGUGUAGGCACUCCAUACUACAUGUCACCGGAGCUUUGUCAAGGGGUCAAGUACAACUUUAAAUCAGACAUCUGGGCCAUGGGCUGUGUUUUAUUUGAGCUUCUGACUCUCACCAGGACCUUUGAUGCAACGAAUCCUCUGAAUCUGUGUGUGAAGAUCGUCCAGGGUAACUUUACUAUGGAGAUGAACUCAGAUGUUUAUUCAUCAGAGCUCAUAAAGAUAGUCUACGCAUGCUUAGAUCAGGAUCCAGAGAAGAGACCGACUGCUGAUCAGAUUCUUGACCGGCCUAUCAUCUCCUGUGAUAAACAGAAGUUUGAGGGGCGUGUGGCUGCACUGAAUUCAGCCAUAAAGAAGCCCAGGUUGAGCACAGUAUCAGACACCCCAGUUGCUGUAGUAACCACUCGUUCCAGAGAGGUGUAUUUCUGGGGAGGAGGGAAGUUCACCCCUCAGAAACUGGACGUGUUUAAGGGUGGCACUAGUGCUCAGCAAGUGUGUGCAGGGGAGACGCAUUUCGCUGUGGUUACUGUGGAGAAAGAGCUUUACACUUGGGCUAGUGUGCAAGGUGGUGCUAAAAUGGUGGGCCAGCUUGGGCAUGGGGAUCAGGCUUCAUAUCGACAGCCUCGCAAAGUGGAACGUCUGCAGGGAAAAGCCAUCAGGCAGGUGUCUUGUGGGGCAGACUUUACUGCCUGUGUAACUGAUGAGGACCAAAUGUACAUGUUUGGCUCAGACUAUUACGGCUGUAUUGGUGUGGAGAAUGACAUGGGUAUGGAGGUUCUUGAGCCGGUUCUGCUGGAGUUCUUUCAGGAACGACCAGUGCGACAGGUGUCUUGUGGAGACAACCAUGUGGUAGUGUUGACUCACAGUGGAGAAAUCUAUUCCUGGGGCUGUGGAGAACAUGGUAGACUUGGCCUGGACUGCGAGGAUGACUUUGCCUCUCCUAUGCUAGUGGAAGUGCCAAAGAGUGCCUCUAUUGCCUCAGUGUGCUGUGGCAACGAUGGAACUUUUUUCCUUACAGAGUCUGGAAAGGUCUUGGCCUGUGGAAACAACGAGUUUAACAAGCUAGGUCUCAAUCAAGGCAUUACUGGUAUCAAGAACCACCCUGGGGAGGGUUGUCAGGACAUACCAUACACAACAACUCUGACUUUAGUAAAGCUGCUUGCCCGGUUUAAGAUCCAAAUCAUCGCCCCUGGAAAGACCCAUACAGCAGCCAUUGAUGAACGGGGGCGUCUGAUGACAUUUGGCUGUAAUAAAUAUGGCCAGCUUGGUGUAAAGGACUUUAAGAAGCAUCAAGGGGUUCAACUGCUUUUAGGACCCUUUGGGGGAAAAGUUGUCUCCAAAGUGUCCUGUGGAGAUGGCUUCACGAUUGCUGCCACAGAGGAUAAUCAAAUCUUUGCCUGGGGAAAUGCAGGAAAUGGCCGUUUAGGCAUGCCUGCUGAUCGAGGAUUUGGCUCUGAGGUUUGCCCCGCUCUUCCUCGCCCCAUAUUUGGUUCCCUGCAUCACGUACCUGACUUGUCCUGCAGGGGUUGGCACACAAUCAUUAUCAUGGAAAAGCUGCUUAACUCCAAAACAAUCCGUUCAAACAGCAGUGGACUGUCCAUUGGAAGUGGGAUAGGUCAGAGCUCCAGCUCCUCUAUGGACUUGGAUAUUGAGCCUGGGUCAGACUCUGAGCUGCGUGAGGGCUUUAUGGGAGGCACUGUGGAGGUUGACCUGGAGGAGAGAGGUCCCGAGACUCCAUCAAUGGUAUUAGUGGAGAGCAAGACCAAUGAGAGUUCUUGUCCAUCUUGGCUCCGCAAGGAGCUGCUGGAUGCAGAAUUCAUCCCCAUGCCUGAUGGCUCCAGAGAUUCCAUGUCUAGCCCUCUCGCUACGUCUUUCACAGAACGCGCUACGCUCCCAUAUGACGAGCUUCAAGAACUAAAGGCAGCUGCUGCAGCUGCUGCUAGUGGGAAUGGCUUUAUGCAAACAGUAUGGGUAGACUAUGAGAGCAUAAAUGGCUUGGACUCUGGAGCAUGGAAGAAAAGUAACCUGCCACAACAAUGUCCACAACAGACUUGCUGCCAAGCGAGCAGUGAGCUUGCACAGCUCAAAGAAGUGGUGAAAAAGAAAGACGCAACAAUCCAGCUGUUACAGAAACAGUACAAUGACCAGCUCCAAGAGAAUGAGAGACUUCGGAAAGCCAUUAAUGACCUCAAAGAAGCAUCUGAUCAUUGUGACAAGAGGAACCACCAAGGGAGUCUACCUGAUAAAGAAGAAUGAGGGAGAGAAUGAGACAGAACAUGGAUUUUAUAACAGAAUGCAGACAAAAAAAUCUUCUCUGAACUGAAACCUCAGUGAGUGAGUAGCUGACUGGGGAAGAUGUUAGUCAUUUGGACCUGAGUCUUCCUUUCAUCACAGUAUGAGGGGAAGGACUGUGCAUCACAACAUAUUUUUGCUGCCUCUUGGUAAAAAUCAAAGAUUAUUCUCUUCUUAUGUUAGUACAAGGUUAUAUUAGUUGGCCACAGCAUUCCUGCUACAUCAUGUCUAUGUUUAUAUGCAUGUCAGGCAACAGUGUAAUAAUUUUUUAUUCUUGAACCACAAUAUGAAUAAUUCGGGAUCGGGACUGCUCAAGACUUGACAGAUCUUUAAUAUGUCUAUUUGGAUUGUGGAAGCUAUUGCCAAGACAGCACCUGACAAGCUUUAAGCCAUUUCACGUGUGGCGCCAUUAUCUUCAGUAUUGAUUUCUACACCAAAAUGUCUUUUGUGGUUUUCCUCACAGGAGAAAAUGCGUAGACAUUUCCUUUGGUUGUGUAUUGUGGGGCCUUUAGAUUAGAUAUGCAGAAACAAUAUUCAUAUCUAUUUUCUCAUAUGUCUCUUAACAUACUUUAUUUUGAAGAGUUAUUGAGACCUGCAACUAAUGAUGCAUCAUUUAAAAAUUUUAAUCCGUUAUGUGCGAAUGUGUAUAUGAAUGGUUUUCACAUAUCAUCCAAGAAUCUGUGAUGAUGAAUGUACUACUGAUUUUCAGACUAUGUGUGAUUGUCUCCCUCUUGUGGUUGCGGUGUGUAUUUUGUAUAGUUCAGGUGGCACUAAUGAGAGGUGACCUACUCCUGGAUGUUCUUUAUGUAAGUGUUUCUAAAUAUGGGUUAAUCUUGGGGUGCUUGUCAUUUCUUUAAUUGUGCCUCCUUGUUUUCUUUCUUUGUUCUUUUGUUUCUUCUAAGGAAGUGAGGAAAGGAAAAAGGACAGCAAGAAUCAAGGGUGAACAUAUUUACCAAUUGAGAGAUCCUUGCUUGCUGGAGCAUUACAUUAAAGCAACUUAUUGAUGAUGCUACACAGGGCAUAAUGAAUCUGCAUAUGCACCGCUUGGAGAUCAGGCACAUUUUAAUUGCUUUUUAUUCAAGGUUUUUAUUUGUACCUAUUAGUGAAAUUUCAUGCAUCAUGUUAUUGUAACAUUUAUUGGAAUUUGAUUUUAUAGGAGAGGUGUAUAUAACCUGUAAGAUAUGUAGAACAUAAAAAAAGAAAAGAAAAAAAAAACAGAUUAAGCUGUGGCCUUAGCAAAAGUUUAGUAAGUCACUGAGAAAACCUGUCUGGAAAACUGACUUUCGGGCUGGAAUGCUCGUUUGUGUUUGGAUGUGCCUCCCGUCAGCCACUGUAGAUCGUGGGGGCGGAGCUUUCUGAAGAUGCGUGGUAAUCAUUCAAAUGUCUUUCACCACCUAACCGUUAGAGACCUAAUCUUAAAAAAAUAAGAUUGGUCUUACUUAAUGCACUUUUAAAAAAUGUCUGCAUAUGUCACACGGUACAAAAAAAGUAUAGUAAGGAUCAGUAUUUUCUUUUUUUUUUUUUUAGAAGUAUCUCCUUCAUUCCUCUGAUUGCAUUUAAAGAACUGAUGUGUCUGUGAAAGUGGCAGGCUUUGAUUUCUGGGUCACAGGCUUAAAAAUGUAGGAUUGAUGAGUCAAGGAGGCUCAUUUAGAGUUUUGGGGCAUGCCUCUUUCCCACCCUCUUUUUUUUGGCUUGCUGCCACCUUAUUAGUGUCUGAAGGCAGAAGCCAGUUAGCUGAUCUUUUUUGUGGCGGGCUGGCAACACCAAUUUUUUUUUUUCCCCCAUUAUGAUGUUUUAGUUUAUUUUUUCCACUGGUUUCAUUAUAUUAAGCUUAUGAUUUUCUCUGCAGUCCACCUGUUCUGUUGAACUAUUUUACUAUAAUUAAUUUUUGACCUCUGCUAGUUUUCAGUGCCUGUGUGUGGGUACUCUGUUACAACCCAAUUAGGACAUAAAAAUUAUCUUGGGAUACAUUAUUCCUUUGUCUUUUUGUAUUACAAAAUCCUGUAGGUAACAUUUUAAUGAGAUGGUUAUCAAAUGUACAUCCAAUCUCGGAGCACACCAAAUUCUCUGCUUUUUUAAGGUACAGUGAAACCAAAGACAUUUUUGUGUGUGUACAUUGCAUAAUUCUAUUUUUGUAUUUUGUUUUCUUUAUGGUCAUUUUCUAUCCGUGGAGCUAUAAAGUUUAUUUGUAUGCUCCAUUUGUUAAUGAUGGACAGCAAAUUGCCGAUAUCUUCAGUGCAAACCCUAAGCUGUAGCCUGCAAACAAAAUAUAUAUAUAAUAAUACCAUUAAGUGCCUUGUUAACUUCUAAAGCAGAUUAUGCCAACUUAUGAUGGUAUAUAAUGUUUCUGCUUUCUAUAUUCCUUUAUUUUAUUGAGAUUUUCAUAUUUUUCAGAUACAUUUUCAGUGCUUUUCUACAUUGAUACAAGUUUGCACCAAAGAUUUUAUUGCCAAUGUCUAUUGGAUGUAUUGAAGUGUUUUCCAUAUGUAACUGCACAUACUUAAAAGAGAGAAUUGCAUGCAUUGUAUUAAUAAAAGCACUUGAGUUUUAAUAA